UGGACAGAUAGUAAGUAGGUGGUGUGGGACUACACAUUUGCAACAUUGGCGUUAAGUUAUGCAGACUUAUGUUAUCAUGUUUAUCCUCAGGAAGGCGUGUGAUGGAGGCUCAUGUUAUCAUGUUACCUCAGGGCGGCGUGAAGGCCGUGGUGUAUACAGACGUGAUGCAGACACUACUCAUGUUCGGCGGGGUGCUGCUGGUGGUCAUCAUCAGCUACAUUGAUCUAGGUGGCGUUGGCAACAUUUGGGCUGAAGCUGAAAAAGGCUCCCGAAUUGAGUUUUUCAACCUGGACACCAGCCCCUUCGUGCGUCACACCUUCCACAGCCUUGACACCAGCCCCUUCGUGCGUCACACCUUCCACAGCCUUGACACCAGCCCAUUCGUGCGUCACCCCUUCCACAGCCUUGACACCAGCCCCUUCGUGCGUCACACCUUCCACAGCCUUGACACCAGCCCAUUCGUGCGUCCCACCUUCCACAGCCCUUAA